AUGGCGCCUUCAGCAACAGACACCUCCUUCGCAGCCCACGUAGCAAGCCAAUUCCAAUCCUACGAAACAGACCGUCAAGCCUCAUCCAAAGAAACCCUCUACACCACCUCCAACGGCAUCCCCGUCGCCCAUCCCUACGAAACCCAACGAGCCGGUGAAAACGGGCCCCUUCUCCUACAAGACUUCCACCUGAUCGAUCUCCUUUCACACUUUGACCGCGAGCGUAUUCCCGAGCGUGUUGUCCACGCAAAAGGAAGUGGUGCGCAUGGUUAUUUUGAGUGUACGGACCCGCUGGAUGAUUUGUGCCUGGCGGAUAUCCUGUCGGAGAAGGGGAAGAGAUGUUCUGUUAGUAUGAGGUUUUCGACGGUGGGUGGUGAGUCGGGAUCGCAUGAUAUGGCGAGAGAUCCGAGGGGGUUUUCGGUUAAGAUGAGGACUGAUGAGGGAAACUGGGAUAUGGUCUUCAACAACACGCCUGUCUUCUUUUUGAGGGACCCGGCCAAGUUCCCUCACUUCAUCCACACCCAGAAGCGAGACCCAAGUACCCAUCUCACUCAUGCCGACGAUUCAUUCAUGUUCUGGGAUUACCUCUCCCAAAACCCCGAGUCAAUCCACCAAGUCAUGAUCCUAAUGGGUGACAGGGGGAUUCCGAAGAAUUACAGACAAAUGCAUGGCUAUAGUGGCCAUACUUUCAAGCUCAUUAACAAGGCUGGUGAAUGGGUUUACUGUCAAAUCCACCUCAAGUCCAUGCAGGGUGUCGAUUUUGUCACCCAGGAAGAGUCAGCUGACUACUCCCCAGAUCACUCACAAAAGGAUUUGUACGAAGCUAUUCAGAAUGGAGACUACCCUAAAUGGACUCUUGAGGUUCAGACCAUGACUGCCAAGGAAGCUGAGGAGUUGUGGGAGAAGCAAAAGAUCAACGUCUUUGACCUCACGCAUGUCUGGCCUCAGAAGCAAUUCCCUCGCCGCAAGGUCGGAGAGUUCACACUCAACGAGAACGCAAUCAACUACUUUGCGGAAGUUGAGCAGAUUGCUUUCAAUCCUUCUCAUCUUCCUCCCGGUGUCGAGCCAUCGGCCGAUCCCGUUCUUCAAUCCCGGUUGUUCUCUUACCCAGACACCCAUCGCCAUCGUCUCGGUGUGAAUUACCAGCAAUUGCCUGUCAACGCAACACGCACAGGGUAUCAAUUCGGUAACUUCCAGCGUGACGGCCAAAUGGCAUUCUAUAACCAGGGCGCACGACCGAAUUAUCUUUCCUCCAUUGAUCCUAUCAAAUUCCGCUCCCGCGCUGUGGAUCUAGACAAGACUCAUGGACAUUUCACUGGGGAAGCUAUCACAUUCCUCACCGAAAUCCGACCAGAGGACUUCAACGCCCCUCGCGCACUUUGGCGAAACGUAUUUGAUGAGCCUGCGCGAGAGAGGUUCAUCAACAAUGUGACCGGCAAGAUGAAGCUGUGUAAGCAGGAGGAGCCGUUGAAGCGACAGAUUGCCAUCUUCCGUGAGGUUGAUCCUGAGAUUGCGGAGAGAUUGGAGAAGUCAACCGGUAUCAAAGGAUACGAUGGAAUUUCUAACAUGGCAUUUAAUGGCACGCACAAUGGUAUGACUUCUGAUGGGAAGAACAAGCUUGCGAAUGGAAUUGUGGACAAGAAUAAGAGUCCUGCUGCACGCCAAGGUGCUCCUGGUUCUGGGGCCCAUGGCAGUUUGGUGACAAACGGAAAGUCGAACGGUGUAAAUGGACAUUAA